AUGUUCCCCACCCCCCAAAUCCUAUCCUCAGCCCUCUCCAAACUCUCCACUCCCUUCCGCCGCUCCCAACUCGGUCUCUUCCACGGCAAAACCAAACAAUACGGAAACAACGUCCCGCAUUCAAAACACAAAACCCGACGCACAUGGCUCCCCAACGUUCACACCAAACGGCUGAUGUCGGAUGCCCUAGGGCGGGAUCUGAAAGUAAAGCUUACGACGCGUGCGCUUAAGAGUAUUAAAAAGCAUGGUGGAGUUGAUAAUUACCUCCUACGGACUAAACCCGAUUUGUUGGGUAUGGAAGGGAUGCGUCUCAGGAUCUUGGUACGCGAACGGUUAGACGUUAAACACGCCGAAGACGAGGCUUUGGCACAAGCACAAGCGAAGAUCCAGCUUCAGAAAGAGAUGAAAGAAGCAAAACAGAAACGCAGAGCACAAGCUGCACAUGUGCGGAAAACGAGGGAGGUGAGGCAGAAUAUCACUGGGGGAAUAUUUGGGUCGGUGGGGUCGAGUACGCAUCUUAAUGCGUCAUAG